UUGGAACUUGAAGACGAAUGUUAGUUGAUGAUACACAUGAUGGAAGCAAGCUCACGUCACCUAAGGUAUCUACUGUCUUUAAUGGUGUUGUAGUGGUAGACUAGCGUAACUCAAGAAUGUUAAAACGUGAGACGUAUAACAAAAAAAAGAAAAGAAAAGAAAAGAAAAAAGUGAUAAGAAGCUGAAUUGUAGAUGAGAUGCAGAUGGAGCCAUCGAAACAUAAUUAUUACUACUACUUGGAAAAUGGUAGAUGCAACAACGAAACAGCCAAAGCUCCAUUAGUGUUGCAAUGAAACCAAGCAAGGAAGGGAGCAUCCCAAGUGAUGCUGAUGGCGAUGUCUUUGUUCCAAUUCCCAAUCCCAUUCUCUUUCUCAGUAUCUCACCGCCAGCUGUUUCUCUAUAUACCAAAUCUCCCUUCCUUUUCCCCUUUCUUUACGGUCUAUUUAUUUUUUUACUUGUAUUAUUUUAUUAUUAUUUAUUAUUUAUUAUUUAUUAUUAUUAUUAUUGGAUAUUCCAUCUUCACGUUCCUUCCCGCUGGACUUCUUAAUCUUAACCCUCUCCAUCGACCCUUCAAACUCCCCUUUUCACUCGAUCCAACAGUUCUCUUAUUUUCUAGAUUUUCAUUCCAUAAAAAGGCUACCUUGGGUCUCUAUGUAAUUCAACCAUUUCUGCUAUCAGGAAUCUCUUUGUAGUUCUUAUAUAUUUUUAUAGGUGGAAUCUGGAUUCUGUUAACUCGACGAUGUAAUUCGAUUUGGAUUUACUGCUAUUCAAAUUGUCUUUGAUUUGCAAAAGCGGCAAUCCAAUCUUCGAUCUCUAUCAAUCAUGGAUACCAGCACUGUUGCAGAUGGCAGUUCCUUUUUAAGUUUGUUUGCAGCUUUAUCAUAUGGGAUUGCAUCCAUGGCUAUGGUUUUUAUCAAUAAAGCAAUUAUUAUGCAAUAUGCGCACUCCAUGACCCUUCUUACUUUGCAGCAAUUGGCAACUACCUUGCUCAUUCACUUUGGUCGGCAAAUGGGUUAUACAAGAGCAAAAGGGGUUGAUAUUACCACAGCUAGAAGGCUUCUCCCUAUUUCUUUAUUUUACAAUGCAAAUGUGGCAUUUGCUCUUGCAAGCUUGAAAGGCGUUAAUAUUCCUAUGUAUAUUGCUAUAAAGAGGCUCACACCACUUGCUGUUCUCAUUGCUGGAUUCUUUUCUGGAAAGGGAAAGCCUACAACUCAGGUGACCUUUUCGGUAGUUUUGACUGCUGUGGGAGUUAUUGUAGCUGCCAUUGGAGAUUUUUCUUUCGACUUGCCCGGAUACACCAUGGCCCUAACUUCUGUGUUUUUCCAGACCAUGUACCUUGUGUUGGUGGAAAAGUCUGGUGCAGAGGAAGGGCUUUCUUCAAUAGAGAUAAUGUUCUAUAACAGUUUUCUUUCUCUUCCAUUUUUGCUUUUUCUCAUUAUAGCGACAGGAGAGUUCCCAAAUUCUUUGGCAUUAUUAUUAGCAAAGAGCAAUUCUUUCUCGUUUUUGUUCAUCCUACUACUUUCAUUGGUGAUGGGGAUCGCUCUUAACUACACCAUGUUUUUGUGUACCAUAGUUAACUCAGCUCUAACCACAACCAUUGUUGGAGUACUCAAAGGUGUUGGAUCCACGACGCUUGGAUUUGUGUUACUGGGAGGUGUGCAAGUUCAUGGUUUGAACGUAACCGGAUUGGUUAUUAACACGGCCGGUGGGGUGUGGUAUUCUUACGCCAAAUAUCAGCAAAAGAAGAUUAAAGCACCCAAAGUGGUGAUGGAUUUGGAGGCUCAUCGAAGAUAAAUUGAACUCAAUUUUGCAUGGUUAAUAUUGCCUUGUUGGUUUCUUUUUGUUUUCAUUUUCAAGUGUUACUCCAAUGUGUCGGUGAUGGUUAUGAAAGUAUGGACAAGUAAAGGAGGCCCCAAGAGAAGGGUAUAGAGUGAACAUUUUUAAUGAUGCUAUAUGUACUUAUAAUUAUUGCCUGGGAUAAUAUCAUCAGAUAUUUCACUUUUCUAACUUUUUACCUAAAGAAAAUAUAUAUUCUUCUAAAUGUUUAAGGCAAUGUCCAUGGAA